GGACAGAGCCUCGUGUCCUGCUCCCAGAGGUUCUCCUCGCUGUUCCCAGUGCAGGCAGAGCAGCCUUGAGAAUAUUUCACAUCCCCAGCCCUCGCAGUCGGCACCGUGGGCGCAGAGUUCCCUUGUGCCAGGGUGCCAGCCUGCACCCCCCAGGGCUGUCACCCAGCUGGUGUCUUCGGGGACCUCACCAGGAAGUGACACUUUCCAUUUCGUGUCACACUCGGCUGCCAAAGAGGGAGGCUGGGGAAGGGGGUUGCUGCUCCCUCCAUAGUCGUGGAGCGCAGAGUGAGAGAAAGAGGGAGAAGGGAUGGAAGAGGGUGUCAUGUACGCUGAGCUGCGCCUGCCCCCUGCACCAGCCCCUGUGCAGACGGCACGGAUGCCCUGGCACUGGGCAGCCCUCAGCCUGGGAGCCCUGUCCCUGCUGCUCCUGCUGGCACAGAUCAUCCUUGUCGGAUUGAGCUUCCACUAUUUAGCCCGACAGGCGAGCUGCUGCCGUGGUCCCCAGUGCAUGGAGGACCUCACCUCUGGGCUACAGGCUUUGCAAGGGAGCUGCCAGUUCUGCCCAGCUGGCUGGCUGUGGCAUGCAGGGCACUGCUACUACUUCUCCUCAGCGAAAAGGAGCUGGGAGCAGAGCAAGGAGGACUGCUGCUCCAGGGGAGCACAGCUGGUCACCAUCCAAGCCAACAGCACACUGGCUUUCCUGACACAUGUGUCCCAUAUGGAUGUCUUCCAUGUGGGGCUGAAGCGGAGCUCUUCCAGGUUUGAAUGGAAGUGGCUGGAUGGCACCGUGCUGAAGGGGCUCUUCCCAAUCCAGCGCUCCACCAGCUCCUUCCUGGCCUGUGGCAGGGUGUCAGGAUCAGGGCUGUCCGGUGGCCACUGUGGGGAAGCCCUCGGCUGGGUCUGUGAGAAAAGUGCGGUCACCCUGCAGUGGCUGCAGUCCUCACCGCCUGCUUUCCUCUGGGGAAACACCACCUACACCUGCGCGGGGCCAUGGUGACCAUGGGGACACCCAGCACCCAGCACCUACCCCUGCCUGCCAAGUGCCCAGUGCACUGCCUCUGUACUCUUCAUCCCUCCCCUUUGUUUGUUGCACAUUGCUAAUAAACUCUGACACUCACACUGUGGCUGGGUUUGGGGUUUAGCAUUGGGGUUCAGAUCAGCAUCGGUCCAAGUGUCCCCACAGCCUGGUAGCACAUGGAGCAGCUCCUGUGUGGGCUGGGGCAAAUGCUCUGGUGUCUAUCCUCUGCAUGUGGGAGCAGACCAGCAGUUCAGCAAGGACAUUCCUGGGCGCCCCCCACACUGACUGCUACCUGAACAUGGAAUGGAUGAUGGGAUGGGGAAGAGGACAUGGGGGGAAGCUUGGUCACUCUGUGGCCAGAGCUCUGGGGCUCCUGGUGCUGCACAAUGAAGGCCAGGUUGGUGGUGUGGUUUAACUCCACAGGCAGCUCAGCACCUCACAGUGCUUUGCUCACUCCCACCCUCUGAGUGGGAAAAGAGUCUGUAAGGUCCCUUCCAACCUGAGCCAUUCUCCACUCUAUGAUGCUAUGAUGUGAUGCUGAACAAGGCAGAGAGUGCUGUGCAGGAAAGAGUGGUGCUUUUGCCCUCUGCGCAAGACCCACGUCAGAAAGGAAAUCACAUUUU